AUGACCCCGGCCGCCGCCGCCGCGGCCGCGGCGGCGCCGCCCGCGGCCGCGACCGCCGCGGCCGCGACGCCCCCGACGGGCCCGAAAGAGUGGACCGGCCUGGCGUCCAUGCCCCAGGCGACGCAGAAAUCCCUCGUGGACGUCCUAAACUCCCUCCGCGAGAAGAACCAGAACGAGAUGACCGUCGUCUUCGUCGGCAAGCAGGGCAUGGGGAAGAGCAGCACGCUGAACAGCGUCCUGAACGAGCGCGUCGCCGUCAGCGCGCCGUUCCAGCCCGAGUCGCUGCGGCCGCUGCUCGCCGGUCGCGCCGCCGCGGGUUUCACGCUCAACCUCCUCGACACCCCGGGCCUUCUCGAGGGCGACGCGGUCUCCGCGCGCGGCGUCGCGAGCGUGAAGCUCGCGAUGAAGGACCGCGAGGUGCACGCGAUCGUGUACAUGGACCGUCUGGACGAGUGGCGCGUGACCAACGGCGACCGCGCGGCGUUUCGCGCGCUCGCCGACGCGUUCGGCGCCGAGAUGUGGGAGAGGACCGUGAUCGGGUUAUCGCACGGACAGCUGUCGCCGCCGAACGGGAUGCCGUACGACGACUUCGUCGCGAAGCGCGCGGCCGCGCUUCGCGCCGCCAUCCGCGACGAGCUUCGAUCGCCCGGGUUGGCGCUGCCGCAUUGCGUCGUCGAAAACGGCUCGCGGUGCGCCACCAACGGCGGCGGCGAAAAGGUUCUCCCGGACGCCGACCGAACCGUGUGGCUCACGAAGUUCGUCUCCACGCUCGUCGACGUCGCGAAGAGCCACGAGAAACCGAUGGCGUACGACCCGGAGAAGGUGUACAGCUCAGCCGCGGAUCCGAACAAGAAGAGGCGGUGGCUGGUGCCGAUCUUGCUCGCGUUGCAGACGGCGGUGUUGAGGCCGCUCGUCGUGGGGACGAUCCGACGCGACGUGAAGGGCGGCAAGGCGGGGAGGGUGUGA